UCUCUCUCUCUCUUUCUCACACAUACACACAUCUAUGUUGGUAGCUCUACCAUCUUUUCAGUUCUACAAAAACUCACAUCCACUUAUUUGUUAUCAUUGAAUAUAAUAUAGUUCUAAGACACUUCUAUAAAAGCCCUCAAAAAUUGGCCAUAUAGAGCAUAUGUAUUGCUUUUAAAAACAGGGUUUCAAAAUUCAAAGAGAGAAAGGAAAGAAAAGAAGAGAAAUUACACUACAAAGAAGUGUGAUGCAUGCAACGGCUCUCCGAGUUGAAAGCUUGGCCAGCAGUGGGAUUCAAUUAAUCCCCAAAGAAUAUGUGAGGCCUCAGGAAGAACUCACAGGCAUCGGAAACAUAUUCGAGGAAGAGAAGAAAGACGAAGGGCUUCAGUUACCAACCAUUAAUCUACAAAACAUUGACUCGGAGGAUACUGAGAUUCGAGAUAGAUGUCGAGAAGAGUUGAAGAAUGCUAGCAUUGAGUGGGGUGUGAUGCACCUUGUCAACCAUGGCAUAUCCGAUGAACUCAUCGGUCGGGUCAAGGCAGCCGGAGCGGCCUUCUUUGAUCAGCCAAUGGAGGAGAAGGAGAAGUAUGCAAAUGACCCGGCUUCAGACAAUGUCCAGGGUUAUGGCAGCAAGCUAGCAAACAAUGCUAGUGGUCAACUGGAGUGGGAAGACUAUUUCUUCCACUGUGUGUUCCCAGAGGAGAAGAGGGACAUGUCUAUUUGGCCCAAGUCACCAAGCGGCUACAUUCCAGCAACAAGUGAGUAUGCAAAGCAACUAAGAGGCCUAGCCACCAAGAUACUUUCAGUUCUCUCUCUCGGGUUGGGACUAGAAGAAGGAAGGCUAGAAAAAGAAGUUGGCGGCAUGGAAGAGCUGUUUCUCCAAAUGAAAAUCAACUACUACCCCAAAUGCCCUCAACCAGAACUAGCUCUCGGAGUCGAAGCGCACACUGAUGUGAGUGCACUCACCUUCAUCCUCCACAACAUGGUGCCCGGCCUGCAACUCUUCUACUCCGGCAAGUGGAUCACCGCCAAAUGUGUCCCUAAUUCCAUCAUAAUGCACAUCGGAGAUACCGUUGAGAUUCUGAGCAAUGGCAAGUACAAGAGUAUACUCCACAGGGGGCUUGUGAACAAAGAGAAGGUUAGGAUCUCCUGGGCCGUUUUCUGUGAGCCACCCAAGGAGAAGAUCAUCCUCAAGCCGCUGCCGGAGACAGUUUCCGAGGCCGAGCCACCGCUCUUCCUGCCCCGGACAUUUGCUCAGCAUAUCCAGCAUAAGCUGUUCAGGAAGACCCAGGACGGUCUUGAUUCUAAACUUGGUUACGACGUCGUUCCUAGUUCUACUUAGCUGUUUUAUGUUUGAACCUUUAAUCAAGGCUGUUAUAGGCUGUAACAUAUAUGUGCCC